GUCUUUUAGUACUCUUGUUGUCGUUAAGAGUUACUUGCCCCUGAAGUCCAGGACGCUCCGCCAUUAAGAUUUUUCUGCUGACAAACAGUCAAACUUCAACAUGAAAUUAAAGCGAUUUCUGCUAAGGUAUUAUCCCCCAGGAAUCAUUCUUGAGUAUGAACAAGGUGGAAAUCUAAAAACAAAAUCAAUAGACUUGCUGGAUUUGAAACCAGAGACUGAUGUUGAUGCUGUUGUCGAUGAGAUUGCCAGGAAAGAGGCUUUAAUUACAGCCUCUAAAACAGAACAAGUUAGAAAACUCAUCGGACGACUGCAGGAAAAGCUUGCCAUAAAAGAUGAACACCAUUUUUACUUGUUCAAAGUUCUUAGAGCACAUAUAUUGCCUCUCACAAAUGUUGCAUUCAAUAAAUCAGGAUCAAGUUUCAUCACAGGAAGUUAUGACCGAACAUGUAAAAUAUGGGACACAGCAUCAGGGGAAGAGUUACACACCUUAGAGGGACAUAGAAAUGUAGUUUAUGCAAUAGCCUUUAAUAAUCCAUAUGGUGAUAAAAUUGCAACUGGAUCAUUUGAUAAGACAUGUAAAUUAUGGAGUUUUGAAUCUGGCAAAUGUUAUCAUACAUUCAGAGGGCAUACAGCAGAAAUUGUAUGUUUAAGUUUUAAUCCACCUAGUACAAUGAUAGCUACUGGAAGUAUGGACACCACUGCCAAACUAUGGGAUAUACAGACUGGACAGGAGGUCGCGUCCCUUAAUGGCCACUCUGCUGAGAUUAUCUCCCUUUCUUUCAAUUCAUCUGGUUCACAAUUGAUCACCGGAUCAUUUGAUCACACUGUGAUGGUGUGGGAGGUGAUCACUGGAAGGAGGUUACAUACAUUGAUCGGACAUAAGGCAGAAAUAAGUAGUGCCCAGUUUAAUUAUGAUUGUUCUCUGAUAGCUACAGGGUCCAUGGAUAAAACUUGUAAAAUAUGGGAGACCAAUCAUGGUACUUGUGUGGGAACUUUACGUGGCCAUGAGGAUGAAGUACUGGAUGUAGCGUUUGACAUGACGGGGCAAUAUUUAUUGACAGCGUCCGCUGAUGGGACGGCAAGGUGCUAUAAUGCUACAACUCAUACACUUGUUUCCAAGUUUGAAGGUCAUGAAGGUGAAAUUUCUAAAAUAACAUUUAAUCCACAAGGUACAUCAGUGUUAACGGCCAGUUCUGACAAGACAGCACGUAUCUGGGACCCGGAGAACGGGGAAUGUAAACAAAUACUGGAGGGUCAUACUGAUGAAAUAUUUAGCUGUGCAUUCAAUUAUGAAGGAAAUACUGUAAUAACUGGAAGUAAAGACAACACAUGUCGAAUAUGGAGAUGAGGGUAGGAAACUGUUCAAUAUGCCCGCCCCCUAGUCAGCAUUUUAACCAAUCAGAAAGUUCAAUACAUUGGAUUUGCAAAAAGGCAUUUGAAAAAAAUUAUCUCCCCUAUAUUACAUAAUUAGAGCAUUUGAAAGAAUUAUCUCCUUUAAGUUAGAGAUGUUAGACCUGUAAUGAAUAGAAUAACAUUCAUAAAUAGUCUGUUGAAAUGAAAAUAGAGAGAAUUGUCUGUUCAAACUUUAUCACUCAUUAUUGAAUAACAAUAGCAUAGGAAAUAUUGACUUUUCAUGAAGUUUAUCACUAAAUGAAGGGAAGUAACUCUUAAAAGAGCUGAAUUCAUAGAAUAUUGCUGCUUAUAGUAUAAAUCAUGAAAUGAUUGUAUAUGCAUGUAAUAUAGCAUAAAAGUGCCUGUGUGAAACAUGGCUUCCAGUUGUAAUUAUUCUUAAAUAAUGAAAUUAAAUUGUGCAGUUUAUUGUGAGGUCAAGUCAUUUAGUCAAUGGAAAAGGAUUUUUUUGUGAUUUUUUUUAAAUUUACUAUCAUUCAUUUCUUUUUUCUUUUCAGAACAAUAAUUUUUUGAUUGCAUUUUCACAAUUCACAACUUUUUUUUGUAGGUUUUUAUUAUUAUUAUUAUUUAAUUUUUAUUUAUGUUAUUUUGAUUUUUUCUUUUUACAAACAAGAUAGUUGUCCACAUUUGAAGGAGAGACAUUAACUACAUUUUUUCCUCUGAUAAGACCAUGAUUGUAUGAAAUAAGUUCGUUGUAUAUUAGUAUACUGUAAAUUCAGCAGUGUUUUAUAUCCAAAUUCAAAAAGUUUUGACAAUUUCAAUUAAUUGUCUAUAAUAGUGAUUUACAUUUUUUUUCCAUUGUUAAGAAUUAGUAUUUAAUGUAUAAACUAUAGUAUAAAUUAAAAAAGCAAUAUACUGUUAUUUAAAGUUAUUCUUUGAGAGGGAUUUUGUGCGUGUGUUUUUUUAGUUGUUUUUUUGUUGUUUUUUUACAUAAUUAUCAAGGUUUAAAGUGGAUUAGUCUACCAUGGGCACAUUUUCCAUAAGGAUUUCAAAUAUCAAUAAAUAAAACAAAGACCUGUAUAAAUUUGAUAUUUAAAAAAAAAAAAAAUCUUGACAAAAAAUAUUUAAAGAGCUAUUAGUGAUUUUAAGUCCGGACAUUUAUAUGAUGUUUUAUAAUAUUUUGUUCCAGAACAAUUCAUUAUGUGCUAUAUAAAUAUACUUCAUAUCGGAUCAUGUAUCUCACACUUACCAACAACAUCCAUGUAUAAUUAUUUCAUGGUAUUGUAUCACUUAUUACAACAUA